GGUGGAGAGGUGAUUAAGAAGCCCUCCUCCGUGGACCUGGCAAGCAAGAAGUGCCAGCAGGUGCUGAUGGAGCUGGAGGGAGUGCUCCAGCACUUGGAAGUCAUGUUUAGUUUGACGCUGGUUCCUCGGGUGCUCAUUCUCCUUGGAGGCAACGUCAUGAGCCCCAAGGAGCUCUAUGAGCUCAACCUGGAGGGUAUCUGCGAGGGCAGCGCCGAGGAGAGCCUGAAAACCGCGUCCUGCCUUCGCAAGUUCUUUCACUCCCUCUUUGUGGCGGAUGUCUUCAGUGAGCUGAAGGCUCUCCCUGUCACGGGCACUGUUGUUAUGCUCCAGGGACACCGGGACUGUGGUGUGGAUUGGUUCCGGCCCAAGCUCAACUACAAAGUGCCGACCCGAGGGAGGAAACUCACCGUUACCUUGUCCUGUGACGGAGAGCUCGGCGUCACGGCCUCGCCUCCGCCGCGCACGGCGUCUCCCUGGGAGGACUACGUGUGGUUCCAAGCACCCGUGACGCUCAGAGGCUUUCAUGAAUGA